AUGUUUGCGGCAUUUCGACGUCGUGCCGCAUCAGCAUCACGUUCUGAACCAAAUGUUAAAGAAAAUUCUCCUAUUGAAAAUAGUCAUUCUAAUGGUUUUAUCACACCAACAGUAACAGCCAACGGUACUAACACAUUAAGUGUUAAUAGUAAUGGAAUGAAACAUCGUACUCUAUCUGGUCUUUCAACAACAUCAGCAUCUUCAUCGUUCAGUACAUCACCAACACUGAAUAUAACUCGUCAACAAGAAAAACACGAAUUACAAACACUGAAUGAUCGUCUAGCAGUUAUUAUUGAUACAGUUCGACGACUUGAACAAGAUAAUGAAAAACUAAAAAAUAUCGUUAAAACGAAUGCACAAUCAUUUGAAUUGGAAACAUCAAAAGUGAAAAGUUUAUAUGAAAAUGAAUUAGAUGACGCAAAAAAAUUAAUUGAAGAAUUAGCUCAUGAAAAAUCACGUCUUGAAAUUGAACUCGAAAAAAGUCGUAGCGAAAAUUUAGAUAUACACGCAAAAACUGCUCGUAUCGAGCGUGACGCACGUGCCUACGAAUCACGUUUAAAACAAUCGGAAAAUGAAAUAACCGAAUUAAAAGCACGUUAUGAUGCAAUUACAUUAGAUUCAUCGCGUAAAAUUGAUGAGAAUGAGACGCUUCACAAUUUCAAUCACGACCUUGAAAAACAAGUAUCAGCAUUGAAACGUCAACUGGAAUCUGAAACAUUAUUACGUGUUGAUCUCGAAAAUAAAAAUAAAACUCUACGUGAAGAAUUACAAUUCAAUCAACAUGUGUAUGAAACAAAAAUCUAUCAAAUAAAAGAACAACAACGAAUUGAAAGUCUUCAUGAUGAUGGUUUACGUCAACAAUAUGAUGCACGUCUUCUACAAGAAUUACAACAAAUCAGAGCACAAAACGAACAGGAAAUGCAAUCGCUAAAAGAAGAAAUAGCUUCACAAUACGAAAAAAAGAUUGAAGAUCUACAAAAUACAAAUCGUCGAAAUCUCGAACAGAUCAGUAAUUACCGUACUGAUCUUGUUCUAUAUCGUGAACGUAUUGAAGAAUCGACAAAAAUUCGUGAUACAUGUAAUGAGAAAAUGUUGCAAUUAGAACAACGUUGUCGUGAAUUAGAAGAUCGCGCCUAUCGUUCGCAACAACAACAACAUCAAUCGAUUAUCGAACGUGAUGAUGACAUACAAAAUCUCAAACAAAUCAUUGAUCAAAUGCAAAGCGAUUAUCAAAAUUUAGUUGAUACGAAAAUUGGUCUUGAUCGGGAAAUUUCGACAUAUAGAAAAUUACUCGAUUCCGAAGAAGAACGAUUGAAUAUUGCUGGACGAUUAGGACCGUCGCCGACAAGCAACGGUAGUGCAACACCCACAAAUAAUGACGAAAUCACAACAACGAACAAUGGCCCAACGCAACGAUCGCGCCUUAAACGUCCACGUUUCGAAGUUGAUGAAGAUAUCAUUUUUCCGAAUGGCACGAGCAAUGGACAUUAG